AUAUAUUGCUGCCCAUGAUUGUGGGGCUGGAUGGAUCUAUAUGCGCUCCAAUGAGACACGAAUUUCCCCUCCCACAUUCGACCAAGAAGUCUUGGGGUAGAUACACGAUAGCGAUGAGUGAUGAUUUAUAGAGGUACUGGUUCAGGGGAUAUGAAAGCAAUAAAUUUCUCUGGCAGGAUGAGCAUCCCUUAAUAUGGCUUUUCUCGGUCAGUCUAAAUUGCAUUUAGCUGUUAUUUCUAGACUGCAUCGGUGAACCAUUUCGGAAACAGAAGCUCAUCAUGUUCUUCGCCGCGGGAAGACUCAUCACGGCCUUGCUUGGCGCCACAUCUUGCCUCCUGGCCAGCCCGGCGUCCGCAUUCACCAACCCGGUCCGUAAGCCUGGUGGAAGUGAUCCGCAAAUUGUGUACUCCGGCGAAUACUAUUAUCUCCUGUCAACGACAUGGUCCAAUGUGCAGAUUGCACGGUCCAUGACCAUUGAAGGCCUCAAGACGGCCACACGAAAGACCGUUUACAGCUCAAGCGAAGCGGGCCGGUGCUGCAAUGUCUGGGCCCCUGAGACGCACUACCUCGACGGGAAGUGGUAUAUCUACUUUACAGCGGGUAACAAAGAUAAUCUUGAUGGGCAGAACUUGCAUGUUCUAAGGGGCGGUGCUUCGGCCUGGGAUGACUACACAUAUGUCGGAAAACUCACUAAGGAAUGGUCCAUCGACGGAACCGUGGUCCGCUUCAACAAGUGGGGAAACUACCUAGCGUACUCAUGUUUCCAUGGUGUACAGUAUCAGUCGCUAUGCCUGCAGAAGCUAGGAUCCGACAACGUAUCGCUACAAGGUAACAUCGGGGUUAUCUCACAACCGACAGAGUCCUGGGAACGUAGUGGUACGCCAGUUAACGAGGGGCCGGCAGCGCUCUACAUUGACGCCACUGGGAAGACAUACAUUGUCUACUCAGCCAAUUAUUGUUGGACGCCUGAGUACUGCCUCGCGACACUUGAAUGGAACGGGAACACUGAUCCAAUCUCUCCUUCCGCAUGGACUAAGUCCAAAGGCUGUGUGUUCUCCGGUGGCGUCAAUGGCCACUAUGGUACCGGUCACAACAGCUUCUUCCGUAGUCCCGACGGUUCGCAGACCUGGAAUGUCUACCACGCCACCUCGAACAGCAAGGGCGCAUGCGAUGAUAGUCGCUAUACCAUGGUACAGGUUCUCGGAAGCAAAUCCGAUGGGUCGCCGGACUUCGGAACACCCGUUGCGACGAGUUUUGAUUCCGCUGAACCCCGCGCGUAAUAAGCAUAUUGUUAUGUUACUUCCCCUUCGGUAGCAUCUUCGCUAUAGUCGGCAUACAUAACAUUAGUAUAUCAGAAACCUCAUUGAGAAAUGUUUAUAGUAGAGCCACGCUAAUUAAUUCCUAAGAAUUGAUGUGUGCCGUACAGCAACCCCUACCAGCAAAUCGGCCGCUUCGACGGGAUAUUUUCGACAGUGUAUAAUAUAUCCAAAUACUGUACACUACACACCAUAUGUUCUCGGGACGAAGCCGAUCUCUUCCGAAUUACCAAUUUGACUAUUAUAAGUACAUUAUUCAAGUGCUGAAAGCACCCAUAGCUUCUCCUCCCUGGUGAAUGGGUUCAAGUGCCUUCAUCAG